CUCCAUUUCCAUUUACACUGGCUUCCACUACGGCCGUCUUGUGAUCUUGUCGCUUCCAUUCCACGCACGCCAGCCUCGGCUCAGCAUCAUGGCAGGUUCGCAGUGCUGCGACAACCCUCCGGCGCUGAACCCCACCGGCGGGGAGGGCAAGGUCGUCGACAGCUUCGGCGGGCUCAAGGCCUACGUCGCCGGCUCCGACGAGUCCAAGGCAGCCGUCAUCCUCAUCUCUGAUAUCUUCGGGUUCCAAUCACCGAAUCUGAGGAAGAUAGCCGACAAGGUUGCUUUGUCUGGUUACUUUGUUGUGGUACCAGAUUUCCUACAUGGAGAUCCUUACACACCUGAGAACGCUGAGAGGCCUCUACCUGUGUGGAUAAAGUCACAUUCUCCGAAAAAAGGGUUUGAAGAGGCAAAACCUGUUAUUGCUGCUCUCAAGGAGAAGGGAGUGUCUUCUGUUGGGGCUGCAGGCUACUGCUGGGGCGGAGUUGUUGUUGUGGAGUUGGCAAAAGCUCAUGAAAUCCAUGCUGCUGUAGUAUUGCACCCUGGGCCUAUUGCCGUUGAUGAUAUCAAAGAGGUCAAGUGCCCAAUUUCGAUACUUGGAGCCGAGUUUGACCAUACUGCUCCACCAGAAUUAGUCAAGCAAUUCGAGCAGGUCCUUUUAGCAAACUCACGAGUUGCUCACUUUGUGAAGAUUUUCCCUGGUGUGGCGCAUGGGUGGAGCGUGAGAUACAACCAUGAUGAUCCGGCUGCCGUGAAGAGUGCUGAGGAAGCACUAGGGGACACAAUCGACUGGUUUAACAAGAACCUGAAAUGAACUCUGAAGUCACAGCUUUAAAUUCUAUAAGCCCUUGCUACUCUACUCACUGUUGCAAGUAUUCUUGGUUAUCUGCAAUUCAGGUCCUCCAUCUUCAGUUAUUUGGUGACUCAUGCUGAUUUCUCGUCACGUAUACUUAUAGCAGCAGAUUGUGAACGCAAUAGAACUAGCAAUUAUUACAAGUAUACGUAUCUGUAACAAAUGGGCUCUAUAUUUCUCAGUGUAUACUUGUUUCCAUGGAUGUGAAGUAAAAUAUACUGAACUUAUGGUAAAAAUUAGUCUGAGAGUUUCAGAAAGAAAAUUAA